AUAAAUCGGCUAUCCGUCACAUUUCCUGUUCUCCCAGCCCGGAGAAAUUGAGCAGUUGCGGUGCUGUGGCUGCACUUGCAACCGGGAGGAGAGCGACUGAAUUAAAGCAGGAAAAUCUGCCUCUUCGAAAUUUCAGCUGGAGUUGAGGUGGUUUGGAAGACUGGGACAACAUGGUGACUAUUCCUGAGUACUACGAGGGGAAGAAUGUGCUCAUCACCGGGGCAACGGGCUUCAUGGGAAAGGUUCUGCUGGAGAAGCUGCUCCGGUCCUGCCCCGGAGUCAAAGCUGUGUAUGUCCUGGUCCGGCAGAAAUCAGGGCACGCCCCCCAGGCCCGCAUAGCAGAUAUGAUCAACUGUAAGCUUUUUGACAGAUUACGUGAUGAGCAGCCAGACUUUGCUAAGAAGAUAGUGGCUGUGAACAGUGACCUCACCCUUCCAGAGCUCGACCUGAGCAGGGAGGACCAGGAAGUGCUAGCUGACUGUGUCAACAUAGUCUUUCACUGUGCUGCAACCAUCCGAUUCAACGAGCCUCUCAAAGAUGCUAUGCAGCUUAAUGUCUUAGCCACCCAGAAAAUGGUGGUUUUGGCCCAUAGCAUGAAGCACUUGGAGGUGUUCCUUCACGUGUCUACAGCCUAUGCAAACUGUGAUCGGACGCUCAUUGAGGAAGUUGUGUAUCCACCUCCUGUUGACUACAAGAAACUCAUUGCCAGUUUGGAGUGGAUGGAUGACAAGCUGGUCUCGGCCAUGACCCCAGGGCUCAUUGGAAAGAGGCCCAACACGUACACCUACACCAAGGCCAUGGCUGAGUACCUGGUCCAGCAGGAGUGUGGAAACCUCAACGUGGCCAUCAUCCGACCCUCCAUAGUAGGGGCCAGUUGGAAGGAGCCCUUCCCAGGCUGGAUUGAUAAUUUCAAUGGACCUAGUGGAAUUUUCAUUGCGGCUGGCAAGGGGAUUCUGCGCACCAUGAGGGCGUCCAACAACGCUGUGGCUGACCUGGUGCCGGUGGACGUGGUCAUCAACACCACGCUGGCUGCAGCCUGGCACUCUGGCUCCCAGAGACACACCAGGCCUAAGAGCAUACUGGUGUACAACUGCACCACGGGCGGCAUCAACCCGUUCCACUGGGGUGAAGUUGAGUACUGUGUAAACACCGUCUUCAAGACCAACCCAUUAGAGCAGGCUUUCAGGCGCCCCAAUGUUAACCUGCGCUCCAACCCCUUUACCAAUCAGUACUGGACCGCAGUGAGUCACACUCUGCCCGCCCUGCUCUAUGACUGGUAUCUCAGGGCCACGGGCCGGAAGCCCCGGAUGAUGAAGACCAUCACGCGGCUGCAUAAGGCCAUGAUGGUCCUGGAGUACUUCACCAGCCACUCAUGGGUGUGGAACACGGACAACGUCACCAUGCUCAUGAACCAGAUGGACGCUGACGACAAGAGGACUUUCAACUUUGAUGUGCGCCAGCUGAACUGGGCAGAGUACAUGGAGAAUUAUUGUAUGGGGACAAAGAAGUAUGUUCUGAACGAGGCUGAGUCAGGCCUCCCAGCUGCACGCAAACACCUCAACAAGUUGAGGAACAUUCGCUACACUUUCAACACUGUGCUAGUUGUGUUCAUCUGGCGAGUUUUCAUUGCACGAUCCCAGAUGGCCCGGAACAUCUGGUACUUUGUGGUCAGCCUCUGCUUCAAGUUCCUGUCCUACUUCCGAGCGUCCAGCACCAUGAAAUACUGAGGGCCACCUGGUCACCCAGACCCCAUCUGCCUGUGUCAAGUUGAGCGACCCUGGUCCUGUCUGCCCUCACUCCCUUUGUCCUGGCCCGCCUUCAGAUACUGUAGCUAUGCAUUUAACAAAGCUCUGCAAAUCCCUGGACUAUUUUGGGCCACCCAAGGGUCUGACAUAUCCCACUGUAUGUCCCCUUCUGUUUGCCAUGAGUCUCCUGGUGCUUUCAACUGUGAUGUAAUAAGCAUGAAUCUAGCCAGACUCAAGAUCCUUUUAAUGCUCCCUUACGCCAUGCUGGUCAGUCAGGCCAUUGUGGUUCAUGCCGAGGUAGGCCGUCAUGGUUGUGGAGCGCCCUGUUUUGCUGACAGCCCCAAGGGUGGUCAGGCUGUGGUGUUUAAUAACAGUUUACAUUUUCUGACUUGACUAGGGCAUGAAGGUAGCCAUGUGCUGUUUAGCUGGCUAACUCCCAAUGACAUGAUCAAGGCAGGUGGAUGGUGACGGGGGGUCUUGUUUGGUGCCUGAAAGGUCAGUCUACUUUCAUUUUGGUUUUUUGUUUUUUGCAAAUUGUUUGCUUUGUUUUGCAUUCAAGACAUUUCUAACUGUAUUGUCUUGCUGAUGAUUCUGGCUUAAGUAGCUCUCAUCUCAUGUAGCUCAGAACAGGCAACUGGUCUGAGGGCUUGAUGUUGGGGGGGGUUGAGGUUCUUUACACUGGUUUCACUGGACAGCUUUUAGGUUAGUCUAUAACUGUCUAUAACCGUCUUCCCACAUUGGUCGACGUCAUAGACAAAAUGAUCUGAGUGUCUGAUUGGAGCUUUGUAUUCUGCUUUUGCAUCACAUUAUUUUGCCUGUUGUCGUGUUUUGGGGAAAUGCACAGGAGAGAUGUCUCCUCUUCCCAUCGCAACACUUUGUGUCUUGCCAUAACGUAUCACUCAGAGGUGGUUCCUGUUUGCCUAGGUGGGUUGUGCACUUAAAUUAGUUUUCUAUUGGAAUUGUCGAGGAUUGACAGUGCAUUUUUCUGUGGUUGUAUGUUGUGUGACGUGCAUUGGGAGUGUCCAUUUUGCCAUAUUGUUACUUAUACCUACCGUUGGCGUUUGGCCCAAUUUGUAGGGAGGUCUUUUCAUCAGUUUUUCAUUAUACAUUGGAAAUAUGUACUUUGUGUGAACUGUGCCUGAACUUGUCUAUAACAAUGUACAAAAAAAUAGCAGUCAGAUCUGAUAUCUUUAGAUAGACAAACAUUGAAAUCUUACAGAGUGUUUUUAUGCUAUUAAAAAGUGAACGGCCGCACGGCUGUUUAUUCACUAAAGCAAAGCUUGGAAACCAAUUCAACUAAACCAGCUUAAAGGACUAGUUGACUUUACAGUCAUACGGCAUAUAUGCUGAAAAUGCCAACGAAAGGCACUUAAAUGAGAAGACCGUACAAGUUGCCAUCCUUCCUUGUUAAUUGAACAAGAUUUGCAAAAAAAUAAAUUGUUUGGGGAAAUGGCUGUUAAUGUAGCUACUAACGCUAUGUAUUUUGAAAGAUGAGGUGUUGAGGAUUAUGAAUAAGCAAUGAGGCAUGGGGGGGGGGUGUUCUAGCCAAUAUACCAUGGCUAAGAGCUGUUCUUAGGCAUGGCGUAUUGCAGUGUUCCUGGAUGUAGCACUUGUGUUGGCGAUAUACAACCAACCCCUAAGGUUGCUUGCUAUUAUGAAGCACGUACGCAAUUAUUACAGUAAAAAGUUGUGAUGUCAUGAUUGUGGCACGUGUUCUCAUACCGCAGUUUUCAGCCAAUCGGGCUUCAAACCACCCGGUUUAUAAAAAUGUUUGAUGUCAUGCAAUCCAGCUACACUAGUUUCAGUUAAAACACUUCAGAGUUCCAUAUCAGAAAAGCCAUGUCAUAUUCUGUGUCAGUGUUUAUGACCACUGGUUCUUCAUUUCUUGUAUCACCAAAAUGGGAAUGUGAGAGCUUUCACAUGCUUGCACGUGAAAAAAUUGAAUUUUACAUUGCUGAUGAAGAUUGGAAUGACUCCAUUUAAUGAGGAAAAACAUAAAAAACAGAUUGCAUUAGUAUGCAGAGCAUUGCGGUUUCUAUAAAUACUUUAUUUUUUUUUGCUUAAUGUUUUAUCCCUGCCUUUAUAACUGGAGAAAUGAACCUACAGAAGGCUGUUGCUGAUGUAGGUUCUCAAAAUGAAGUAAAAAAAAAAGUUUGAACGCCUCUAGAACGCCUUUUUCCUCAGAAACAGAGAUUUAGGGUUAGAUUUCACCUAAAAGCGGAUAAUGGGCAUUUCAGCUUUUUUGUGGUUUCUGAAAUGCCAAAUGAUAAACUGCUUUUUAAAAGCUCCAAUUCUCCCUGUUAGUAUUGAAUGGAAUGUGGCAGUCCCACCCAGACCUGCUAUUAUGCUAUCAGCCAGAAAGUUCUGCUAGCCACCAACAUACGAACUGAUUAAUAUACAUCUCAUUAUUGUAUUCACAAACUGAGGGUGAACUUUUGUUUUUGUUUUUUUUUUACUUGUUUUCCACACAUACCUGUUACCUGUCCUUGCAAACCACAAUUUUCAUACUUUCAAGGCUGAAUAGCCUGAAGAAGCAGGCAAAAUUUUCCUGGGUUUUUGAUCUGGUUACAGAUUAUUAUAAUUAUUUUAUUUUUGUAUCUGUCUUUUUUUUCCUCACAAAUCAGAAAAAAAUUGCUUUGUUUACCAUAUGGAUCUGUUGGAAGACCACUUUUCCGACCUUGUAUAAGCAGGGCGUCAUUAUGAAUUGAAAAUCAGAUGGGAGAUUGCCAGUAAGCCUCUGUUAAAUUGAAUCCAGGUCCUGUUCAAAAAUGGUCAAUCUGUCCUUUAAGCUGCUGUAUACCAUCCCACUGAGCAGCUGUUCGUUGAAUCAGUGUUUCCAUAUCAUUUCAACAUGCGAUUUAGUUAAGUUGAAUCAAUGUGGAAAACCAGUUAGAGAACUUGAAAAUGUACUCUGUUCUUUUCACCCAACUUUAGACCUAAAUCCACUGACAUGCUGCUUUUUAGUUGAUUUCACCUUGGUUGACAAACAAAUGGACUGGUGUUCGUGCCCAAUGGGAUGUUACUUUAUAUGUGACUGACUGCAUCAUGUUAAAGCUGUCAAUUCUGUGUCAGUUUUUUUUUAUGUGUAACAUUUUUCUAUGAAUGUAAUAGUUAACACAGCCUGACUCUUUGCACAGCUUACUUAAAAGCAACCUAUGAUUCCUGAAUCCAAGGUACAGUAAUUCUGUAGUUGCUUGUACGGAAUAUUAAAUAAGUUGUCAUGUCUGUGGUGAACUGUUUUGAUCGCAACCUUU